AUGCCAAAGCGUCCUCAUACACGGCCGCCAGCCACGUUAUCCUCCAGUCAACUAUCCAGACCACCUUCCAACACUGCUCCUGCUGCUCCUGCUGCUCCCACCGCAUCGGCUACCUCGUCAGCCUCUUACCACCAUCAUCGGCUUCGCCGUUCAUCGUCAUCCUCUCUAUCUGCUUCGUCCGUCUCUCCUUCCUCGGACGUCAAGCUUCCACCCCUUCGCACCGCCUUGGCUUCCACCACGCCCAUCCCGCACGGCCCUGCACUUCCACCUCCCUUGCUUCCGCCUGCUUCCUCCGCACAUCGUCCAGACCCGUCUCCGUGUCAAUACAGCCAAUCUGCUUCCACUGCUACCAUCUACAACCCCUUCAUUUCGCCCAGCACUCUCAUCAACCGUGGCCGUGUCACCGUUUCGUCGACCCCGUCGCGUCUACCGCGGCAACCGUCUGCCAACGCCGCUCCACCCGCCAGCAUGACUUCAAAUCCAGACGACACUUCACUUAGCUCCAACACCGCAGAAGCUACCCGUACCAACCCCCCCCCAAAAAAGGCAACAAAGAAGGCCGUAUCUUGCGAGUCAUGUCGCAGGCGAAAGCUCAAAUGCGAUCGUGGUUGGCCUUGCGGCGCCUGUCGCGAUCGCGGUGAGUCGAGCAAGUGCGAGUGGGCCGAAGGAGUACGCCCUCAGACAGCAGGCAGAGACAGUGGCGACUCUUCUCAGGUCAACGAGCGUCUUGACCGUCUCGAGGCCAUGAUGGGCGCCAUCGCUAGCUCCCUAGGCGUCGAGCUGCCCGGUGCCAGGUCUUCUUCCACCCCUUCCAACGCCACUCCCAGAAAGACGUCCAACGCCAGCCUCGCCCCUUGCAGUACCGCCUCGACCUCCAAGCUCUCCACCCUUGCCGAGCUUGGCGCUGUCGAAGCUAACAAAGCUGCUCUCGCUGCCACCUCUUCCCUUCCCACACGCACCCCACGUCCCUCUUACGCCGCUGGCUCCAUCUCCUGGGGUUUCGGUUUCGGCUUUUCCCAGAUGCAUCAGUAUUCGUCCGAGGAACUCACGCGCAAGACUCUCUUUGACCUACUCUCCCUUUUGCCCGACAACACCAUUGUUCGCAGUCUCACCGACUUUUACUUUCGCGAGCUAUCCUGGAUGGCCCACCUUAUUCCAGAAGACAACUUCCGAAAGAGGCAGCGCUCCAUCGAAGAGGUUAGGCUCUUCUGGGAUGGACGUCCCGAUGCGCUCCCAUAUACAGAGAUGCGCGACACUCUCCGCCUCGUCGCCACCAUUCACGCUCUCUGUGGCGCUGCGCUCGUCUUUGGCGAACCCUUGGAAGGCGAGAUCUUGCUCGAAAAGUUUGGCAAGCAGGCUUUCACCGUCUUUCUCGAUGCUUCUCAGCAUGCGCUCACCGUGCUCGACAUUUAUGAAGAACUCCACAUUGACAACGUCCGCACAAUGGUCCUGCUCAGCUCGUGUCUCAGCGCGCUCAAGGGUCCCGCUGUCGGCUCCGCCAUGAUGGCCAACAUCUGUUUCAUGGCGUAUGCGCUUCAGCUCGACGUUGAACCGCCCGAUACUCUACCCGCCGACGAGCGCAAGGAUCGCAUCGGUCUUUUUGCUACGCUCUGCAUUCAGGAUUGGUUUUCAGCUGGCAACGUCAAACGUAGCUACAUCAUCGACCCAGCCAACACCAGCCUGCCUUCGCUGUUCGGUCCAGACGCACACAAAAACGAGUUGGUCUCGGUGCCAAUGCGCUACAAGCUCAAGCUCAGCGACGUGGCACGUCGCGCAAGCCAUCGCAUCCGCAUGAGCGAAGCCGAGGCUUACGAAUUUACCAAACAGCUUCAUCAAGAGGUUGUCGCCAUAGAGUCUAGCAUCCCCGAGCAUCUGCGCUUUGACGAUUCGCUCAUUGAUUCCGACGACGCGGACAGCCCAGAACGAUGGCACCGAUCCGCCAUGGCUCUGGCCGUCCAGAUGCAGCUGCUCACCCUUCACAAGCGCUUCUACGUUCAGUCCUGGACGAACCCCAGGUACAAAGAGUCGCGCGACAUUAGCUUUGCCGCCUCCAUGCUCAUCAUCAAGGUCUUCCGCAACGCCUUCAAGUGGUUCACACCGCGCGAGAAUGCCACACUAGACGAGCAACGAGCCAUGAUCGGCGAGGGCAUGCGCACGCAGCACAACUCGGUUUCGCGCCUCUGGUUUUUUGCACAAAUGUCCAUCAUCGCUUCGCUCGUCCUCAUCCACUUUGUCUCUAUGCUCGACACGCACCCGCAAGAGUCGUGCGACUGGGAUAGCUCUGAAUUGCGUGCGCAGAUCACCGAUGAUCUCAAAUUUGUGCGUCUUUUGCUCCAGGCGCUCUCGAGCAAGUCCAAACUGGCCAUGGACGGCGCAAGAGCCAUCCAACCACCCGAGUCGAAUCGCAACAAGCGCAAGGCGGAUGAUGUGCUAGCGGGCUCCAGCCUUCCAAUGGGGUCUACACGAGGCGGCGGGCCGUUGAGCAGCCGCUCCGCUGACAGUCUACCCAUCCGCAACCCAAGCUGGUACUCGACAGCCUCCGGCUACUCGGGCGGAUCUACACCUGGUCUGACCCAAGCUCGACGCACGUCGCCCGCCUACAAUUCGCCCGGUUCGAGCAGCAACAGCUCACACAGCCUAGCGCAUUCUGCCUCCGCCUCUUCCCUGGAACGCACCAAGUUACCCUUUGACGGUCAGACGGCUCCUGCUAAUGCCAACUCGUUUGACGACAUUGAAGCGCUCUGGCAGAAGCAGCCAUGGCAGACCGCAUCGCUUCGCAUGGGCACAUCCAACACCGCCUCAUCCAGCAACGGUUUUGGUAGCGGUGCGGCCAAGCGUCGAGCUGCAUCGGGUACCAGCAGCACACUCGCCCCCAACGGUAAUGGCUACUUGCCUACCUCUGGCAAGCCUGGUCAAGCGCGAACACCUUCUACCGCUGUCAUGCCCGGUCUCACAUCGGCUGCGCCAACCAACGAAGCUGGAAGCGGAACUAGCUCCAAUCCGGACUGCCCCUACAUUUGUGCAAGCUUCUUUGGGCCCGAUGCGAGCUUUAACGACCUGGCACGUGCAGAAGCGGCGAUCGGUCGACAAGACGCCAGUUAUGGCUACCCGGUUGCUCCCUUGAGCCCGUUCACAGCGUCGUUUAUCAACAGUCUCGAUCAGUACGUGGCCAGCUUGGAAGAGCCACUCCCCUCGAACAGCCUGUCGGCUGCGCCUAUUCCAGUGACGGGAGUCAGCAUGGGCGUGCCUCAGAGUCACGCAGCUGUACAAGUCUCUGCGACAGCAACCAACAGUAGCUCGAGUGAAUCGAGAUGA